CCUGUGUCAGAGCAGGCAAAGAAAUAGAAGCUGCACAAUGAAGUGCCAUAUUGUUUCAGUACUGCUCCUGAUCUUGACUGUGGAAUCAGAGUGCUCAGCAGAUAACAGAUUCUUCAUCUCAGCCCCCAAUGUGUUUCAUAUGGGAGUUAAUGAGAAAGUGUUUGUCCAGAUGGGAAGGCCUCAUUUGAACAAUCUUGUCACUCUCUACCUGGAGCAUGAGGUUAGCACUACCAUUGUGUCUGCAAAGAAAACUGUUCUGUGCACUGACGAAGGGGACAUCAAAACCGUUGAGCUCAUGAUAGACAGGGAAAUUAUGUCAAUAUUGAACCCUCCAAAAUAUCAACCUCCCUACCUUUUGCUAGUGGCAGAGAGCCCGUCCUUCAGGGCCAGGAAGGUAACAAGGGUCCUGGUAUCAAAUCACAGGGGCUAUAUCUUCAUUCAGACUAAUCAGCCAAUCUACAAACCAACACAGAAAGUGAAUUACAGGAUAUUCACUCUUGACCACACAUUCAGGCCUCAUGAGGAGGUGUUCCACAUAUCAGUAUUUAACGCUGCCGGAAACAGAAUAAUGAGGUCCUUAAAGACUGCGAAGGGAGGAAUACUCAAAGGCACAUUCCCCAUACCUGACGUCUCUGAAAUGGGCACAUGGAAGAUUAUAGCACACUAUGAAGGUGAUGAUGCCAAUGCUGUUUCUCGAGAGUUCAAAGUCCAAAAGUUUGUUUUACCAAGUUUUGAGGUGAACAUCGCAAUGGAUCAGAACUAUAUUUUGUUGAAUGCUGAACAGUUUGUCUUCACCAUCUCAGCCAUGUAUUCACAUGGUGAAAGAGUUAAAGGGGCUUACCACUGCCACUUUGGAUUGGCAAAAAAAGGUAGAAUAAAGCCUGUCUUAAUCAGGGGACUGGAGCUGACUGGUUUGGUUCAGGAUGGAGCUGCAACAGUGUCUCACCAUACAGCAAAGAUAAAUGAUCAACUCCAAAAGGAGCUGAACCAAACCCUCUCUGAUUUACAGCAAAGUGGAGAAAAACUCUAUUUGGGAGUAUUUGUCACCAACAUACAAAGUGGUGAAAUGCAAGAGGCAGAUGUUUACCUUCCCGUUCUCUCCCACAAAUACACCAUGGAUCUGUCUCGAACCCGCUCAUACUUCCUUCCUGGAUAUCCAUUAGAUGUGGUGGUGGUCCUGCGUCUCCCAGAUGGCUCUCCAGCUGCUGGUGUGCCAGUAAGGAUUGAUGUACCAGGAUCCACAGAGCAAUUUUUGCAAGGCAUUACUGACCAGGAGGGGGCAGUGUUUCAUACCAUUAAUAUUGUCGCUACAGCUCAGAUUACUGUUGAAGUGAAGGCAGAUGGCCUGCAACAGAGGAAAAUAAUUAGACGUGCAUCAUCUCCAAGGAACAGCUACCUUUACAUCGGUUUAACCAACAAGGUGUACUCUGUGAAUGAUUUACUUGCAAUAACGUACAACACCAUGAAUGGCCCGCGAGAUGGGUUUAUAUACUACAUGGUCCUAAGCCGUGGGAUCCUAAUAAAGAUGGGUUCUCUCUCAUUUGGUCGUUUAGUUCAACACAACCUGCAGAUAACACCUGAUAUGGUUCCAUCCUUCCGCCUGAUUGGCUACUUCUACAACCAGGAUGGUGACAUUGUUGCUGACUCAGUGUGGGUAGAUGUCAGGGAUGAAUGUGAGAUAAAGGUCAAGGUGGAAAGAAAAGGACCUUUUGAACCUGGCAGAAAGUCAGGGCUAGAAUUUGAUUUACAUGGUCAGAGGGCCAAAGUGGCUUUGCUUGCCGUGGAUAAGGCCUUCUACAGUCUCAAAGCCGAUAAUAAACUCACAGCCAAACAGGUGUUUUCUGCUAUGCAUUCAUAUGACCUCGGUUGCACAUAUGGUGGAGGACCUGACCCAGCAUCUGUGCUAAGAGAUGCUGGCCUGUCUUUUGUAUCUCAUUCCCAGUCAAAGUGGAGAAAGAGUUUUCGCUGUGAUUCACAAUCUGCAAGACAAAGACGCUCGGUGGACCUUCAACAGGAAAUGAUGACCUUAAAAUCUAACUUUUCUGAUGAAAAACUUCAGGAGUGUUGUGUUCAUGGGUUUUCUCUCAUGCCCAUGACACUAACAUGUCAGGAAAGAGCAAAGAGGGUCUCUCAGGUGCAACGAAAUCAAGCUUGUGCAGAUGCCUUUUUAAAAUGCUGCCUUGAAGGAGAGCGUCUGAGACGAAAAAAGAUACAAGAAGAUGUCCAGAAAGGACUUGGCCGGACUUCAAGUGCAGUUAACAUUGAAGAGUUCUUCUUGGACACUACAGCUCAGUACAUACGACGAUUUUUCCCUCCAAGCUUUGCAUUCACAGAAUUCGAUGUAAAUGGCAAACAAAGGUAUUCUUUGACUCUACCCGAUUCCAUCACCACAUGGGAAAUUCAGGUCAUCACAUUAUCUUCAGCCAGUGGUUUCUGUGUAGUUAAGCCAUCUGAGGUCACAGCAGUCAAGAGAACAUUUGUGUCUCUGAGACUGCCUUACUCGGUGAAACAAUAUGAGCAAAUAUCCUUUUCACCCGUUAUCUACAACUAUGGCCUUGACAGACUAGAGGUGGCAGUUCAUAUGGAACAAACUGAAGGACUCUGCUCCCCCGGCUCAGCCACCACUACAGCUUUUGUUAACAUUACUCUGGAGCCAGAGUCCUCCCAGUUUGUCUCUUUCUCUGCCGUCCCCAUGGUAACUGGCUCCAUACCCAUCAAAAUACGCCUCUAUGAUAUAGAGAAUGAGAUGGGAAUAGAUGCAGUUGAAAAGACUUUGAAUGUGUGGGCAGAAGGAUUAGAACAGAGAGUAGAGGAAACCCGAGUGAUUAAAUUAGAUGGGAAGAGCACAAGGACUUUAUCUAUUGACGGAACUUUACCAGAUGAAAUAGUCCCCGAUUCCAAUUCCAAUAUUUUCAUUUCGGUGGAAGAGAAUGGAUUUAGUUCACAAGCGAAGAACCUUCUUUCUCCUGAGAAGGUUGCAGGCCUGAUCGUAUUGCCUACAGGAUGUCUAGAACAGACAAUGGUACGGCUUGCCCCUACAGCUUCAGCCCUCCGCUACCUUGAUCUGAGUGAGCAAUGGUUUAACUUGCCUGCUGGUGCCAGAGAUGAGGCUCUUGAUAAAAUUGAGAACGGUUAUAUAAGGAUUCUAACAUUCAAGAAACGCAAUGGAUCUUAUGGACCAUGGAGUUCAGUAUCAUCUAGUAAUUGGGUGACUGCCCUAGUAGUGAAAGUGUUGUCGCUGGUGGCGCAGCGUCAGGCAGUGGCUGUUGGACUUCAGGGCCGGAUAGCUAGGGUUGUACCAGCAGAGGAAAUCAUGCACUCAGUCAAUUACUUGCUCUCAGUACAGAAGGCCGACGGGUCAUUCAGUGACCCACAUCCUGUGUUACACAGACAAGUCCUGAAAGGAAAAGACCAAGAAGCAUCCAUGACGGCUUUCAUAACUCUUUCACUGCACCUGUCCCGUCAGUUCCUGCAAACCGGAACACGAAAUGAUGCGGAAGCAAGCAUUUCAAGGUCAACAACGUAUCUCAUGUCACACCUAGUGGAGCUUCAGCAUCCCUAUGCUGUUGCCAUUACAGCCUACUGCCUCUCAGUUUGCAUGCCAGAGGGAACAGAUCUUUCACCCGUCUGGACAAAACUUCAAGCAUUGGCUACUGAAGGGAAUGAUGGCUGUUAUCUGUGGACAACUGAUACCAGCACACAUAAUAAAGAGAGGGCAGAUGCCAUCACAGUAGAGACUACUGCCUAUGCCCUCCUAACUGCAGUGGCACUUAAGAAUUCCCAGUGGGCAGACAAAGCAGCUUGCUGGUUAAUUACCCAAGAAAACUAUUUUGGAGGCUUCAAAUCAUCACAGGAUACCAUCAUGGCACUGGAAGCCCUUGCUGAAUAUGAGCUAAAGAGGCCCAUCAAUCCCGAAGCAAAUAUAAUAGCAGAGUUGACAUUCCCAGGAAGGAAAGACAUUGUAAAGCUUACGAUGGAAAGUAAGCAGAAGGUGGAAACAGACCUGAAGAAAUUUACAGGGAACAACUUUAUUAUGAAGUUGUCAGGAAAAGGAGAUGCCAAACUAAAAAUUGUAAAGGCUUACCAUAUACUGGAUCCCAAGGACGACUGUACCAAACUGUCUAUCAGCGUCACAGUGGAGGGGAAAGUGAAGUACACUGCUAAGAUCAUAGAAACUUAUGAAUACUAUGAUUACUACGAUAACAACGAGGAAAAAGAGGUGCGAGUGCCACGAUCAGCAAUUGAGUGGUUUGAUGCUCGCAUCCGAGGCAGGAGAGAUCUUGAAAACAACCUAAAUUCAGACGAGGCUGUCACUUACAGAGUCUGUGUCAGUCAUAGCUUGAGCAACAAUCUGACAGGAAUGGCCAUUGCUGACAUCACACUACUGAGUGGAUUUGAGGCUGUAAUUGAGGACCUGGAGAGGCUAACACAGUUACCUGAGCAAUACAUUUCCCAUUAUGAAGUCUCCUAUGGAAGGGUGCUGAUCUACUUCAAUGAGCUCUUUGAACCAGAGGAAUGUAUUAGUUUCGAUGCUAUACAGAGAGUGCCAAUUGGCCUUCUGCAGCCUGCUCCAGCCGUGUUCUAUGACUAUUAUGAACCAAACCGAAAGUGCACUGUGUUCUACUCUGCCCCCCAAAGGAGCAAGAUGGUCUCCAAACUGUGUUCAGAGGAUGUGUGCCAGUGUGCAGAAAGACCCUGUCAUAAACUAAAAAUGACAUUCAAAUCAGAAAGAAAUGGAAGACUGACAAAGAAUGACCGUUUAGAACAUGCUUGCUUCUUCCCUACAGUAGAUUACGCAUUCAUUGUUGAAGUUGUCAGUGUAUCUGUGAGGAGCAACUUUGAGCUAUACAACACUACAGUAACCGAAGUACUCAGAUCAAAUGGAGAUGUGCUUGUGAAUGAAAACUCUGUUCGAGUGUUUUUUAAGAGGCGUCAGUGUAAAGGAGAGUUAGUUUUAGGAAAACAGUAUCUCAUCAUGGGCAAAGAUGGCUCCACAACUGACCCAAAUGGAGCGAUGCAGUACCUGUUGGAAUCAAACACCUGGCUUGAAAAAAAGCCGUCGGAGGAAAUAUGUAAAAAAUCUGCCUAUCAAGCUGCCUGCACAGGAUUUUUUGAAUUCAUAAAUGAGUACAAGUUGGAUGGCUGCAAACAGUGAAACAGAGUGCCAAACAAAUCUGUUACAAAUCUCAGUUACAAUACAUUCCCAUGAGAUGCACAGUCAGUGUGGGUGUUGAGAGCCCUUUUCUUACUGGUUUUGAUAUUUUACCUGUAGAUUACAUAUGAACUAUUGUAGGCAGAGUCAUGAUAAUGAUAGUAUAAUAACAUCCAUAAGUAUGUUUCAGUACUCAUCCAUAAGUACUGAAACAUUAUCGCUCGCCUGAAUCAGACACUAGGUGGAUGCCACCACCUCAGUAUCAUUUGAAGAUAUACUAACUUAAUGUAACCGUUAAUCUUUUCCUUAUGUCUAAAACUACUGCCAGUGUUUAAUUAAAAAGUACCUCCUAAUAUUGUCUUGUGCCUUUGUGUUUGAAUUUUUUUAGUCAAUUGUACAGCACAACACAGCCACAGAAAAAAAGAGUGUAGCCACAAACGUACAUUUGCUCUUUCAU